AUGGUUGAACUAAUAAUGCGUCCACGAAAAUAUCGAAUCUACGAAUUGAUUUCUCUGAUUUCCGACGACUGGAAACCGCAACUCGAAUAUUUUAGCCUAACUUUGAUCAAAAAUUCAAUGUUAUUGGGUUAUGUGAUUGUGGCUUUCAAUAGAUUCACAACUUUGUAUAAUCAUAAUAAUUUGCUGAAAAUGGUGAGGAUUUCAGACAAUUUAGGCUUGAAAAGGCCUUUCAAACGAGCCUAAAUAGGCCUAGGCCUUUUUCAGGCCCAAUUUGAGCUCAAAAUAUGAAUCUUAGGGUAUUUUUCAUGAUUUUCUAAUGAAAAUUUGGAUUUUAGGCUUCAAAACGAGCCUGAAUAGGCUUAGGCCUUUUUCAGGCCCAAUUUGAGGUGAAAAUUCGAAUUUUAGGUUAUCUUUCAUGAUUUUCUGAUGAAAAUUUGGAUAUUAGGCUUCAAAACAAGCCUAAAUAGGCCUAGGCCUUUUCAGGCCCAAUUUUAGCUAAAAAUUUGAAUUUUAGCUCAUUUUUCAUGAUUUUUUCCCAAAUUUUUUGAAUUUUUAACAUGAGCAAUGUUCAAAUUUCCCAAAAAAAAGUUACCUUCUCAGAUUUGGACACCUACAGUAAUCUACACAAUAUAUUUAUUCGAAUGGAUUGCUCCGUGCUCAAUUCUCAUUCCAUUGUUCUAUUUCACCGGAAACCACAAUUUCUCGUAUUUUCGAAAUUCCGCUGACGGUGGUGGUGGUGGAAUUCUGCUGCGCGCCGAUUCUAAAUUCAUGAAUUUGGAUGGACUUCAGGAUUUCAUUCUCACCUCUGCUUGCUGCAUUUUGAGCACAGCUUGUUAUUUCGGGAUUUUGGUGCAUUUUUUGCAGAAUCGCAGUGUUUUUGUGAGUUAG